GCUUCACCUGCCCGAGCGAAAUGGCACCGAGAGCUGGGGAAGCGUAAAGCCACACUGAAGCAGCUGUGCUGGAGGGGCGGUGGCUGCGCUAUGCCAAGAGAGACAAGAGGAUUAUCAAUACACCUGGUGAACAAAGGCACUCUGUGAGGGACUUUGUGAACACCGACCUAGAAGCCACUGGCGCAUCAGUACAAGCCUCUGUUUCUGGGUCUUGUCAGCCUUGCAGGCUUUUGGCACAUCUCCUCUCAGCUAUGAGUAGAUCAAUAGGAUUUAACAUCUGUGUGGUCACCUGCAGCAUCCUGCUCUUGUCCUCCAGUCCACCAUGCCUUGCAUCUCGGCCACUGGAGGAGAGGGACAUGACAAAGGUCCAGCAUGGCCCCUGGGCAGGGAAUGGGGUAGAAGAUGAAAGGGCAAGUGUGCUGAACUUGAAAAAUAACCUGGGCCCUUCUGAGCAGACUGUCUCUGAAGAGCCAUGUGGAGUGUCAGCAAAGCCAUCUGGGACGCCCUUAAAUAAAGCUUUCACUGCAGAAGGAGAAAGGCUGCCUGCAAGCCCAAGCCAUGUUAUCCCAGGCAGCCAGGGCCUGGGUGCUCACACCUCUGCUGUGACAGCAGCUGCUGUAGAUGAGGAGGAGCUUGGUCCCACAAAGUCAGAGCUGGAUGAGGAAGAUGUGUUCAAGGCCAUGCUGACCACAGCUGUGACCACACUGAACCCUGCUGUCCAGGAGGAGUCUGUUGGUGGCCCCAUUAGUGAGACCACCACAGAGGGUGGUGUUGAAAUAGAGUACAGCUCUGCCAGCCUCUCAGCAAACCCCCUUUCUGGGACAGCUGUGGAGGAGGUGGCAGAGAGCAACUUGCACCCCUCUGCUGUGCCCCAGCCCAUGCUGUACCCCAGCUCUCCCAGCUGGGAAACAGCAAGUGACCACCCUGUCAUCCCAACUCCCCAGCCCCAUGGCAUGACGUCUGAGGUGGGACUGCCAAGAGCCCACACGGGGAGCCUUCUGAAGGCCCUGGCUGGGCAAGCAUCUGUGGCUGCGAAACAUCCACUCAUGGUCACUGAGGCCUCCCUCCACCUGGAUGUGGGGACAGGUGUCAGGCAAGGAGAGCUGCCCACCACAGCUGGCACUGUCACCAUCCACCCUAUGGACACUGUGCCACCUGACUGGGAUGACACAAAACUGGGGGAUGAAAGCCAAGGGGGAAGCAUGUCUCAUGAGGAGGUGACAGAGGACCUGGGGACGACAGAACCAUCCCAGACACCACAGGAAGGUGUGGGAGAGGAGGAAGAUGCAACAGGAGUGCUGCCAUCUCCAGUGUCCCCUCCACCAACUCCAGAGCUUGCCAAGGAGACCAACUGCACAGCACUGGUGCGAGGGGAGGAGUUGCCAGCAGCUUCCAUGGCCAGUGGUGAUGCUUUCCACACUGUGAACCUGACAGGUGUAGACAUGGCUGAUCUCAACUCACUGGAAAACAUAAAUGCAGUCACAGCAGAGGAAGGGAAAAACAUCCCACCAUCACAGCCGGAGGCUGCUGUGGUGACAGAUACACAGUCUGAUCUCUCUCCUACUCUGGAAAGCUCAUGGAAAGGUGUUACUCAGGAGGUGACCACAGAUGCCCAGGAGGUUGAUGCUGCUCUGUCAGUUGUGACAUUGGUGCCUGGUGCUACCCAGGGAGCAGGAGCUGCAAGUCUUCUGCAGGAAAACAGUGGGGAGGACACCCAGGUGCUGACUGCUCCUAGUGCCACCCAGAUGCCAGUGAAUGCUCCAGAUGUAGAAGAUCUCUCAGAUGUGGUCCCGGUCACCAGUGAGAAGGCUGUUCCAGCUCCUGGUGGGUUGUCUGCUACCCAGUCUGGACAGACAGAGGAGCAAUCCAGCAGAACUGUGGUCCUGGCAACUCCAGCAUCAAUGGCAUCUUCUGUCAGAAGGACAGCUCUUCCAUCUGUGAGGAAGAUCAGUACAGCUGUGACCUAUGGGCUGGACCGCCUGGAGUCAGAAGAGGGUGAGGAAGAGGAAGAGGAUGAAGAGGAGGAGGAGGAAGAAGAGGAGGAAGAGGAAGAUGAGGAGGACAAAGACAUAGAUUCAAUGGAUGAAAGCAUGGAGGGUGACACAGAGCUGCCAGGUUUCACGCUUCCAGGCGAGACCUCCCAGGAGCCCAUAGCUGGCCUGGAAAACCCUGUGGCCCAGCUGGCUGGGGUGUCCUACCAGGUUCCCGACACCAUUGAGUGGGAGCAGCAGAACCAGGGUCUGGUGAGAAGCUGGAUGGAGAAGCUGAAAGAUAAGGCAGGAUACAUGUCGGGGAUGCUGGUUCCUGUAGGAGUCGGGAUAGCCGGAGCCCUCUUUAUCCUAGGAGCACUCUACAGCAUUAAGAUUAUGAAUCGCCGAAGGAGAAAUGGCUCAAAGAGACAUAAAAGAAAGCAGAGGGAAUUUAACAGCAUGCAAGACCGAGUCAUGCUCUUAGCUGACAGCUCUGAAGAUGAAUUUUGAAUGAAACUGCAGUGCCCUUAUGAUAGCCCAUGACUUUUAAAAGGAGGGAGGGGGAGAAAAAGAACAAGCGACUUUCUGCUGCAUCGCUGCUCUCCGCCGCCCCGAGCCACCGAGCAGCGGUCGGUACCACCCCGGCGAAACGGCAUGCUAUGCUCUACGUGUACCGCGCAGUGAUGUUUGUUUUGAUACAGUAGUGAGAUUUCACAUUCGCACCCGGCGCCUCAUUCAGACCCACAGCACAUCUUGUUACAGCUGGAGCUGAUCCAUAUGGAUGAUUAUUUUCCUAUUACCCUGGUGUACUGUUUUGGUCCUGGCUGGCAGUAAUCUAAUCAUAACAAUAGCUCUCACCUAACCCGGGAAUGGAAAUCUUUACUGUGAAUGACUUCUGUCCAAUUUGUUAAUUUUAAAUGUUACAUUACCUGAGCUAGAGUUCAUUAGUGCUAAGAUUAGCUGCUCUGCUUAAUUAAUGAGUUAUACACUUGAACUGUAUCCCUUGCCACCUGAGAAGUGCCCACGUACAGUGUUGUCGAUACAGUUUGAAGCACAUUUCCACACUCGGUUCCCCGACUCUCACCCCUUCUUUCUUCCUUCAGCUCUGCUCCACGCUUCUUGGAGACACACAGGAAUGGCCUCAACACUCGAUUCACCACGAAAGUCCUAGUCCAUUUUCAACCAGCACUGUCUGUUACAGCACAAUAAAUACCAGCGCUCACCUCCUGAUGGAUAGUCUUGCAUGGAUCUCUUAGCUUUUGUUCAGUGUGCAAGUAGGUAAGAGAAGAGGCAGGUCAGGGGUUUCUUCAGCUUCUGCCUCCUGUCUGAAGGACACUAGUUAUUGGUUGACCUCUUUCACAAGGCUGCAUUCACAUAGAGAUGAAAGCGGAGCAUCUGUCUCCUUUACCCACUGGAAAUUGCAUUUUCAGCCACUGAAAGCUGUGUGAACGGCAGCACCUCUGGGGGAUCUGGAUGGGUCUUGUCUCCAGAUCACCGAAUGCACCAAAGGUUGCAGGGCGGGUGACUAUCAGUGUUGAGGGAUUCCUGGCUGAUAGUCGGAAAGCAGUGGCAGCCACAGCUGGAGAGAUGUCUGCUGUGGGGAGGUGAAAUGGUCACACUGGGAACCCUUGGCCAUGGGGAAAAAGGUGAAUCUGUAGGACUGAUGGCCGCAGAGGGCUGUGGAGGUGAAGCCCCAGGGUGGCAUGGGGUGAGGGCAAGCUGCCGUGCUGCCUGGGCUGCUAGCACCGGGUUCUAUAGGGAGACAGCCAGUGUCUGAGAUGUUACGGGAACCGAGCUGGGGAAACUAAUGUUGCUUUGCACAGAAAUGAUGUCAAAAUAGUUAGAAAAAGGGCUGCGUUACUUUUAUCUCUGCUUCUGGUUGUGAAAUUACUUCAAUCUGACGUUUAUGCAAAACAUCCACGUUGCUGAGGUGGGAAUCACUGUUCUGUGGGGAAUCAUCCUUCGUACAAGGAACAGCGACUGCUGCCAGAGGAGACCUGAUUAAGCAAAUAAGGCCAGACCGCACAUCUACUGAGGUUAAAUCCCACUGAGUCUUCGAAGUGGAAUGGAGGAGAGUUUAAGGAGGGGCACUGCAGGAUUUCAUUCCUUGUAAAGGUGAAAAGGCCUGUCAGUUUGCAAAGGGUAGAUGUAGAUGAUGGUAAGCAAAUGUCUUGUGGGCAUGUGAGUGGGUUUGCAAGGUAGAGAGGACAUUUGGAAGACUCUUCUGAAGCUCAGUUCUCUCUUGAAAGGGUCAAGGCCCCCUCCUUGGGACAUUAGGUCAUCAAAUGGGAUGUUCUUCUCUGAACAAGCAGUGCUCUUCAGAGCCCAGGUACUUUCCUGUAGGCCUUACCCACACAUCUACUGAGUCACCUGGAGAAGGACCGGCAGGACAACCUGUAUUCAAAAUGCUGCUACUGAUGCUAGUCUUCCAGUUGAAGAGUUGUGCGUGGUCCCACACACAUACAUCCUGCUGAGUGCAUGGGACACACAGGAAGCAGGUUGGGGGAGGCACAGUAAAACCUGGUCCAUCAACAUGUUGGGGAGUCUUCAAACCCUAAUCCCUCUAGGACAGGCUUUCCCAGCUGGGCUCCACGGUACUUGCAUCUCUCUCUUUUCAUUCCUGAAACUUUGACCAGGAAAAUUUUGCCUUGCUAAAAACAACUCCGCAUUUCUAACAGCCACUCACUGGCAGCCUACUGUAAAGACCAGGUGCCCCUACCCAAAAUUAAAGCCUCUUUUUUCUGUAACAAGUGAUCAGUCCCAGCUAAGAGGAAGUUUUCUAUCCAGGCUGAUCUCUCCCUAUUUCCUUCUCAUUCCUAAGUCUCUUGGAGCUUGGAGGUGGUUGGGGGUUGUUAACAGUCCAGUUGAGCGUUGCCAGCUGUCGCAGUUUUGGGAAUCAGGAAAUGUUGUCCCCUGGGCUCUUUGAUGAUCUGUUGCUGGCAAGGCAAAAUGAUGGGGAUUGCAAGGUGGAAUGACUUCUCCUCCAUUCCAGUUUGCUGGAGAUCAUCUCCAGAAAGGCUUGUCUUUUAGGUACAGUGCCAGGCAGGCUGGAAACAAGACUACAUAGGCAGCUGCAAGAUGUUCUUGAAAUGCUUUACCCUGGUCUAGCCAGGGAGGUAUGGGAAUAACCAGUGACAAAGGGCAUUGGCCUCUCUGCAAGAGGGAGACUGUCUUGGAGCAGAAAGGAUGAUAGCUGGGCUGGCUGAGUUCUGUGCAUGCAACUGUAGCCUGAAAUAGAGACCCAAAAUAACACUGGAAAAGAGGAGCUGCCAGCAAUACUGCAGGGCAGAGCAGAUGUACCAGCAAGACACAAACAGCUGGGGAUCAGCAGGGUUUUGUGCAAUAACAGCCUGUGAAGGACAGUCUCCUCUGGCUUUCCUGUUAAUGGUACCGUGCCUGCCCAGUGUGUGAUAACGGCACGUGUUGCGUUAAGUAACCAAUAAAAUGCAGAGCUCCCGGGCCAGUUGGGAGAAGGAGAGAUGGCUGAGUGAAGCUGCUGGUCUGAGUGUAAGUACCCCAGCUCUGGCAGCACAGGAAGAGCUUUAUGGGUGGGUUGUCGAUUUGAUGGAUUGGGAAGGCUGGUGGGGACAUGCCGUGGCCUUUCGUUGUGCUAAUAAAUCCACAAUUUGGGAAACACUGACUUUCUACAGUUUCACUGUCUCUCUUCUCCCCAACAUAAUGAACUUAAGAAAUUAAAGGCAAUGCUGUGGGUCAGAAUGAUGAGGGUGGUGUUUUAGUGCAUUGGCUGGGCUCCCUGCUGUCCUCAAGAACCAGGCUGCACUCGGCAAGGACAUGGUGUGGGUGGCCAGGAUGCUAGAAAUCAGUAGUGCCGCAAGUGAGGCUGACAAAUAGUUGCAAAUAUUGGAGCGGUUAUACAGCGAGUAUGGUGGGACAGACUGGGCGAGCAGGAGAGUUGUAGCCAAAAGGGAGGUCCAGCUGAAUGCAGAGUUCGGUGUUAGCUCUGUGGUCUGUGCUGGAGCCAGACUUAUGGGCUAGAAGGACUGCCCCAAAAUGUUGCUUGUGGUCCAUCUUCACUCCCAGGCCUGUCUCUGGUUCUGAACACCAUCAACCAAGGUGCCUUGGUUGGGAGCUGCUGGUUGGCAGAAGACUGCUGUUGGCCACUCAGCAAUGCAGAGAGAUGCCCACUGAUGUCCAUCUGAACUGGAGGUGUUUGUUGAACAGUUGUUUUUUGUCAGGCACCUGCCCCAGAGCCUGGAGGCUCUCCGUGUCUUCAGCUUAGCUGUUCUUAACAUGGAGGCAAGAGGGGCAGUCAAAACCAGCCUUGGGUCCCAGUGAAGGCUGUAGGAGCCUUUGGAGCACAGACAGGGUUUUCUGCAGUGCCCCUGACGUCAGUGUAAUUUCUGGAGGCCCUUAAAGCACAAGUUAUUGUUCAGCUGCUUCCCUUCUCAUUCAAGGCCAGUAGACUUUGGAUUGGGCUCUUAAAAAUAUUCUCUAUACAACUCUUGGAGUUUGAUUCAUUUGCUUGAAAUUAUGAGAUUGCAGGCAGGGAGGGGAGGAGAGUGUCAGGUGGGAGCUGAAGCCUCCAGUCUCUUAACGCUCUACUGAUUUAAUCUAUACGUCUGUAUUGCCAAACAAGCAAAUUCUUUUGAAAGAGACAGGACAAGAAAAACAGCCAAUAAAUACCCUCCUCAUCCUCCGUGCUGGGUGAACUGCGUGGCCCUGAAUGUAGAGGUGGGUCGUGACAAUGCUAACGCAGCCUUGGCCCCAUGCAAAGGCAUGGCUGCGAUGGCGACUUCGCUGCAGCAAUAAUAAUCUCUCGACUCAGCACAAGAUGAGUCCCUCGCCUCUGUUUUCCUGUGGAUGCCCAGCUUGGGAUUUUCCAAUAGCACAAGCCAGAAUUUAUUGUAGGUAUCGCACACCCGCUUCGGCAUCGACAGCCCCAUUUCCAACGGGAGGAACCAGCCUGCCUGACAUGCAGCUCCUGCCCUGAUGAAAUGCACCUGCACUAUACAGCUGCUGAUUUUUAAAAGGUGUCUCUAAUGCCAGAUGUUCACCUACGUGAGGUUUCUCUGGACUGCACUGCUUCCAUAGAGUGAUAUUAGCAGUUCUUGUGCUUUCUUGUGUUUUUCUAUUUCGGACAAGAACAACUCCUCAUACUGUAACUAUGGAAUGUAGCACUUUGUUAAAUUAAAACAUUGGGAAAUAAAAAGGUGUCCAUCAUAUCUGA